AUGAAGUUCCCGGCCCUACUAGUAUUGAAUGCCUCAAUGCUCCUCUUUGCCAGCAUCAUUGGCACAGUUACUGCCGAACCAGUCUGCUGGCGGCGCGACGAAUUGCUUGGAUUCAAUUGGAAAGUCUACAUCGCGCCAGUGCCGCCUCAAGAUAUCGGAGAUAUAUGUCAUAAGUUCUGGGGAGGUCUCAAGCAAUUUGUUCAUUGCACUGUCUAUACGCCCAAUUCAUGUGGACCAUGGACCAACACCACAUAUGGCAACAACGAAGACGGCCUGGUCGCGAACUUCUGGACCAAUAUCUUGUGCAACGAUGGCAUGAUGGAAGCUGCAUUCUGGGAGGCGACAAAGAACCAAUACGGUGCCAUGACUUGCCGACAUUAG